CACUCAUCAAGUAAUAUUUUUAUUCUACUUCUUUUUAAAUUAGAGUUCAUCAUAAGUUGUGACUAAAGAAAAAUAGAGUUUGUAAAGGCGUUUGGGUUUUUGUUUAGUUAUAUUUUCUUAAAACAUUGUUCUUCACAACCACUUUUAUAAACUUUAAAUCUCUUCUCUUAAACAUGUGUACUGGAAAAUCAUCACACACAAAAUCCUCACCCAAGUUUGGGAAAACAAGCCCAACUUCUUCUGUACUGUCCCUGGGUUCCAACGGUAAAGGAAUGACCAAAGUGGAACUCAAAGACAGAUCGCAUGACAAAACCAAGCCAGCUGCGACUAAGAAUGUUUCAAAGGCACCAGCGAAAGAGAACAAAAAGCCUACUGAGUUCAAGCUUCAUUCUGGCGAUAGAGCAGUGAAACGUGCCAUGUUCAACUAUUCGGUUGCAACUAAUUAUUAUAUCACGAAACUGCAGAAAAAACAAGAGGAGAGGUUGCAAAAGAUGAUAGAAGAGGAAGAAAUUCGUAUGCUGAGGAAGGAAAUGGUUCCAAAAGCUCAAUUGAUGCCUUUUUUCGACCGGCCUUUUCUCCCACAGAGAUCGAGCAGACCAUUGACGAUGCCAAAGGAACCAAGCUUUGGAAACGUUAACAGCACUUGUUGGACUUGUGUAUUCAACAACCAACACUAUCUCUACCAUUUACACCAUGCUCAUGCUUAAAUCUUGAGAGCCUCUCGCUCAAUUAGGGGCUUUUGCUAAUUUUCAUUUCGAAAAUAUAUCUUUUGUAAUAUGUAGUUUUUCUUUUAUUUUCUUGGCAGCUUUGUUUCUCUUCUUUUCCCCUCUUUCUUUUCUCAGUCUUUUCGUAGAUAAUAAACGACUGAUACUUGAUUUCGAGUAACAUCAUAUAUAUACAUGAUUACAUGUAGACAAUGUACAAGUAAGUCACUCCCAUUUGUU